AUGCCGGCACGAGUCAGAUCGUACGAUGGGCGUCUCCAACGUGGUCGCGAUAGGGAGGGCGCACGCUUUGCACAAGUUAUUUCGCAGCCAAGAGGCUCCCGGUGGAAGUGGGUCGGCGAACGAUGCACGACAUUUCCCGCUUGCGCCUCGCUGGCCCUUCCUCGUUGGGAUCAAGGCAGGCUGUCAGCGGACAGCCCACCUUCGUGCCCACUAUCGGAGCUUUCGCGCCAUGGUGACGAGCAGAUUGAAUUGCGCGCACACAUGCAGGGUCGGUGGUCGCGACUAAAGCAUCAGGCGCUUCGUCAUGCUUUCAUCCAAACAAUGAACCCUGGCGUCACAUUGAGAAAGCGUGCAAGAUUGGCCUGCAUUGUCGGCGACGAGGACGGCAACGGUGGGAGAAACGAGGGCGAAUGGCCUUUGUCGGGCCUCUUACUGAGGCAUCGUGAAUGGAUGAAGCCUCGGCUGUUUUUGCCUGCACGGUGCGUUUUCGUAUUGGGCCAUGCGCGGAAUGAGAUGCGACUCCCGCGCAAGUUCAAGUCGACAUCGGUGUGCAGCGUGCAGGCAGGUACUCUACAUACUUUGCUCAGCAUCGUAUCUCGGUCGGUGAAGCACGGGCAGUGCAAGGGUCAUCAAAGACCGGUCUUGACACGGUUCCCAAUUUCAGCAGAGACACAGGGCCGAUGGCGAGCACGCCGUGCCGACUGGCAAUCAAUCUUGGAAUUGCGUGAACAUCAUCAGGGCGUGUCAGGUUUCGGAAUCGAGUCAGCAACAUCCGGUUUGCCGCAUUGA